GGUAAAAUCCGCACAUCAUAAGAACAACCAUGUCCGCCCCACAAUUGAAGGAGCUCACCCGCGAAGAGGUCGCACAGCAUAACAAAGGCGAUGAUCUCUGGGUAAUAAUCGACGCCAAAGUAUACAAUGUCACCCGCUUCAAAAACCUUCAUCCAGGUGGUGUAUCCGUUCUGACCGAUGAAGAAGUAGCCGGCCAAGAUGCAACGGAAGCAUUCUUCGGUUUGCAUCGUUACGAGGUCCUAGAAAAACCACAGUACAAACGCCUUCAGGUCGGCACCAUCAAGGGCGAACAAAGCGUCAUUCACGGAAAAAUCGUUGGAGAGACGAGCAAGGUUCCCUACGCCGAACCUACGUGGUUGUCAGAAGGAUAUCACAGCCCGUAUUACACUGAUAAUCAUAGAGAAUUCCAGAAAGCAAUGCGUGUAUUUGUUGAUGAGAAUAUCUACGAAGAUGCUCAAGCCCGUGAAGACGAUGGCAAGCGACCAAGUCAAGAAGUCUUUGAUAAGAUGGCUGCGGUGAAUUUGCAUGCAAUGCGGAUGGGUCCCGGAAAGCACUUACAGGGCUUAACUCUGAUGAAUGGCAUUGUUACUCCCGAACAAUUUGACUAUUUCCACGAGCUGAUAAUCACUCAAGAGAUUGUAAGGUGCGGUGCGCGUGGUUAUGGUGACGGUUUACUUGGUGGCAAAGUCAUCGGCCUCCCACCUGUACUGAACUUCGGAACUCCUGAGCUCAAAGCGAAAAUAUUACCAGAAGUGUUCUCAGGAAAGAAAUUUAUCUGCUUGGCUAUAUCUGAAGCUCAAGCUGGGAGCGAUGUAAUGGGACUUCAGACGACUGCUGUCAAAAGUGAGGACGGGAAGGAGUGGAUCGUCAAUGGAACUAAGAAGUGGAUAACCAACGGCUCAUUCGCAGAUUAUUUCACUGUGGGAUGCAAGACAGAGGAUGGGCUCACUGUUCUUCUAAUUGAACGUGGACCAGGCGUCGAAACCAGGACAAUCAAGACAAGUUAUUCAACGGCCGCAGGUACUGCAUACAUAACCUUCGAUAAUGUUGGAGUACCUGUUGGAAACACGCUGGGUGAGGUCGGUGGUGGCAUUUUCGUGAUCCUCAGUAAUUUCAACCACGAACGAUGGGUAAUGUGCUGUAGUUCUGCGAGAAGUCAGCGCUCAGUUGUUGAAGAAUGUUUGAAAUGGGCUACUCAGCGUAAAGCAUUCGGAAGACCGCUUAUAUCUCAACCAGUUAUCCGCUCUAAGCUAGCGGGGAUGAUUGCUCGUACAGAAAGUGUUCAGGCAUGGCUGGAAAACCUCACCUAUCAGAUGACUCACAUGACAUAUAAACAGCAAGCAAAUAAACUCGCCGGACAAAUCGCAUUUUUGAAGAGCUACAGUACACAAUGCGCACAGGAAACAGCUAAGGAUGCUGUUCAGAUCUUUGGGGGACGUGGUAUUACGAAGUCUGGUAUGGGUAAAUUCGUCGAGCACUUCUACAGAACGGUUACUUUUGAUGCCCUUCUAGGAGGAGCGGAGGACGUGCUCUCUGACCUUGGCGUUAGGCAGGCGUUGAGGGCUAUGCCAAAGAACGCCCGGCUAUAAAUAAAGGAGCAGCUUAGUAUUUGUUUGUAGUGUAAGACAACUUAACAUAUAUUGUAACACCUUUAAGUUUUCUAUUUAUCGAUGCUCGUCGCCGCCCGCGAGCCUCAAGUACAGCACGUAUGGUGAAGAGGUUGUGAUUGGCAUAAGGUACAGUUAUAAAGAAAAUAACAAGAAAGCUAGCUCUAGUACUAGAAUCAUUCGUACAAAACUAAAUACAUUUUACACAACCUGUAUAAGUAGCUCGAACCGUGGGAUUGAGAAGGGCCAUACAGAGAAAACGUUACAGAGAUAGAGAAUCGAGAGCAUAUCGGAAAGUACAAGGUGAUGAUUAUACGUAAGACUUACGUGAGACAGGCCUUCAACAAUCCCAUUGAAAUAAGGGCAUAAUGUCUAAUUUGAUCACUGAUAUGCCGAGGACGCGUAUUGUGCAUCAAACAUGGUAUAGUCAUUGUAACUCAUACCAGGAACCGUAGUAUCCUGCCAGACAGGGUCAGCCAUCGUUUGCAUUGAUUCUAACAGUUCUGAAUCGAACGGCAUUGGGGGUACAAAGAAAUCGUUAUUGUUAAUGAAAGUCGAGUUUUGACCUUGAUCGAAAAGCAAAGGCAUAUUAGAUGUAGAUGACUGUUGUUGGACGUCCAUGGGGGCGGUAAGCUGAUUAAACUGCGCUUCUGGGUGAGUCGGAGAAGGUGAUUGAGAUUGGGACAUUGCGGAAGGUGAACCAUAGCUAGAAACGGAACCAGAGAGCUCGGAAAAGGGGUCUGCCUCUGUUGAAGGUCCUGCGGAAGACUUGGUAUGAUGUCUCCGGUUCGAACGCCGUCUAGGCAAUGAUGUUGGAACUUUGAGAUCGUUGGGUAUGGGUGGAUGCUCGAGCCUUGCCAUUGGGGUCGCAAGUAGCCCUUGAAGGAAUCGGGAAUACAACUUGGGCGCAUGACGUUCGUCAACCGCGAUUUCGGGAGAGCCAAGCAUAUCAACUGCUCUCUGAACUAGCGUUCGGAUAUCUACACGUUGUUCGAACGUCAAGU